AUGCGGCGACGGUGUACGCUGCGACGAGCAGCGCUCGCCUUUCUCGUCCACGGCGCGACGGCGCAGGACCCGCUCGCCGGCUUCGGCGGCGGCGACGCCUACGGCGCGCCGCCGCCGCAGCCCAUGGCGCCGGGCCCCGGCGGGCCGCCGGGCAUCGCACCAGCACGAGGUGGAGGCGGCCUGGGCGGCAAGCUCGCCUUUUUGACGAUCGGCGCCGGCGCGGUGAAAGCUUUUGACACAUUCCAGAGCCAAAAGAAACAAAGGGAGCACGAGUCGCAACUCAGCAAGCUCCAGACAAGUGUUGCCGUGAAACGCGUCGAGAGCGAACAGGUCGCGCAGCAAUUGCAGACCUGCUACCAGACGGUACGAAGCUUACAACAAGCCUUGUAUGAGUCUGAACAAGAAGCCCUACAGCGCGACUACGAGGAGUUCAAGGCCCCCGAUUCGGAUGGCGACGAAAGGAUCAGUAUGUACGAGUUCGGGGCUUAUAUCAAAAAUUACAUGAAGGCCUACCCGCACAUCCCCGAGGAAGAUUAUCCUACGUUUGAUGAUUUCGAUCGCAACGGCGACGGGACCGUGACCUUCAAGGAGUGGCAGGCCUACCUCAAGGAGCAGAAGGCCGAAGCGAAAAGCUCGAAGGCCUCGCAGAAGGGCUACGAGGGCCUGUCGAAGACGGCGGACAAAUCCCAAAGCUUCGCGGAGAUGUACCGCAAGCUGAAGGCUGCCGGGGGGUGA